CCGGCGGGCUUCCCUUGUUAUCGGCUUCACCACGAGGCCUUCGCCGGAGCCGUCCUCUUCCCGGCGUCAUCUGCACUACAUCUUCUCGAUGGUUUUCAGUUCUCCUGUUUCAGCUCGUCGGUCAUACCAUCGAUCAUCCAAUUCCUAACCCUUAAACCCUUAAAAAACCCUCGCUUUGAAAUCACACCACCAUGAGUCUUUGCCGCCGCCUCGGAGCUUGUCUCCUUCGAUCUAUGCCCACCGACAGGUUUGGGGUGCCAAGUGGAAUGCCCAUUGGUGGUUCUUGGAGUGGAAGAAGCAUAGGAGGGGGAUCCAAGCUUUUUAUUUUGCAUGUAUGGCGUUCCUAUGCUCGUGGAAACACGCAUUCUUAUAACUUAUUUGGCAAUAGAAUCCCUGGUGAUAAGGAAUUUAGAAAGGCAUGGGCACAAGAUGUUGAUGAGGAGGACUGCCUUUGGACAGGCAGCGAUGAAGAUGAAGACAAUGGAAAGGUUGAUGGUAAAUUAGAGAGAGAUAUAAAGAAACUGAAACAGAAAGCGAAAGAAAAUUCAGAUCUUAUAGACGCAGAUGACAGUGAUGAAUUGAGAAGUAUUUGCUCUGAAAGUGAUGAAGAGGUAACACUUUGGAGUGGUAGUGAAUGUGAUGAUGACGAUGAUAUUCCUUCAGAGGCACAUCCAAAUGAGCGAAGUGAUCCAUAUAUUGACAAGUUGUUUGAGUUUGAGGACUUACCAAAGUAUCGAACAAUUGGAGAGCUACUGAAAGCAGAAAAGGAACCCCCGGAGUUAUCUCCAGGAAAACAAGCUCGGAAACUUGCUGUAGAAAAUGCUUUGAAGAAAUUAAAGAAAGGUCCAGACGGACGAUACAUAAACGUUUGGGAGGUCAUGAGUGAUAUAGAUAUUCUGAUCGGAGCUUUUGAGAACAUAGUUUCAGGACCAGAAUAUGCAGAGCUACGUGAGGGCGGUCCUAAGAAGUUAAACAUGCAGUUCUUCAAGGAUAUACAAUCACGGAUGAGGGAUCCGAAUUUUCAGUUCUCGCCCGAGUUGAAACUAAAACCAAAGAGCAAAUUUGUUCGGAGAAAAAAGUGGCAGAAGUCUCAAUCUAGACGAAAGAAAAACGAGAGGCGUUGAACUUGUGCAUUUUUUACUCUUUCUAUAAGAAAUAGUUUCUGCAGUUUUGUAUACUUUCGAUAAUCGGUUAUUCUCGGAUGUAAACCUUUCAUAAUUUGUACAUUAAGAUUAAUUUUUGGAAAUGUACUUGCCUAAUUAUUAUCAAUACAUAGAGCUGUUCUUGUUCUUC